AUGUCGGGCAACCCAUUUCGGCGGCCGCAGACUGACAAAGAGCACGACGGAGUCGACUCGGAUCACUCGACCCAGUCAGCACGGACGGCCGCGAAGAAGCGAGUCAAGAUCCAGACGCCGCCACGAUCGCCCGAGACCACGCUCGCGCCAUCACAGAACAGCACCCGCCGACCUAUCGCGGGCACCCCGGUACGAGCAAAACCUGGCUUUGCGGAUGGGAGUGACUCCAGUGCGGCAGAGGAUGAUGGUCCUGAAGAGGCGGACUUGAGCAUCAGAUACGGCACACGCGCGGCGCAAGGGAUUUCGGCGACGUCGUUGGCGAGUGGGAAAGGCGCGCCGUACAAUCCUUUCGCGCGAACAUUGGCGACAAGCGAAGCGGAAACGAACUUGCAGAUACAGCCCUCUCCAGGGCGCGACGAGAACAUCCGCAGUGAACAAGGAGUCGAUGCUCGAACCGAACGCCCGAUCCUGGACGUGGACGCAUUUACAAGCAUACUUCUCACCGGAAAGGCUGUACCCACGGCUCCUGUCGACAGGACAUCACCAUCAGCGACAGCUUCAAUAGCACCGACGAGUGGCGGCCUGGACGGCCGUAUAGAUCCCAUGGCGGCCUUUACAAGACAUUCGAUAUUUCAUCAGUCACACAACAUCCACCCCGAGUCGCCUCGGAGCUCGUUCGACUACGAUCGAUCCGAAUCGGAGGAUGACGGAUUCGAGGGCGAUGGCAACAAGCUGAUGGGACGAACCGACUUUCGCUCGCAGGAUAUUGCACCUCAAGCUCCCCCCAAGCCAAAGGUCCGUGGCCCACAAACCGUUUCCUUUGCAGAUUUCGAUCAAUCGAUCCCGCCAGGCUUCCAGUCCACCUCCGGCCGAAGGUCUCCUCCGGUGAACACGCAUCUCCAUGGAAUUCUUCGGCCGACUUAUGCGAGGUCCCCGAGCGAUCUUAACAAGCCGCUCCCGUUACCUCCGCAAGACCCAUUCACAUCGCCAGCACCACCUGCGCCGGCCCCUGAAAAACCAAUCCAACCUAGCGAGGCUGUACCAUCCCCACCGCUACCCGCAACACCCGCUCCUGAGAGCGUGGUUGAACAGACAGGCGUGAAGAAAAAGCCACCGCCACCGCCGGCUACACGACGGCUGGCGGCUAGCUCUGAGCGGCCGCGAGACAAACCGGACUCGAGAUCCGACACAGGCCUCACCGCAGAUCGGCCGCCGGCAGCGACAGACAGGAAAGCAAGCGACGCCACAACAAAAGCGUCAUCCCAGCCGCCACCACCACCACCACCGUCACGCAAAGCCCACUCACCUGCUACUGUACCAACCGUAGAGGCGGAUGUGCAAGUCACGGCCGAGCCGCCCGUCUCGACGGCACCUGAAACGAAUACAACGUCCGACCCAAAGACAACACCUCGGCCUCCGCCACGCCGCCAACCGUCCAGGACAGGAUCGAGCGUCUCGCAAACUCCUCCCGAAUCGAGCGUGCCAGUCCCCAAGGAUGAGGCCGUGGCCGAACCGUCCAAACCACCGCCGCCGGCACCGUCGUCUUCAGCGGCGCCCCCACCUCCACCGCGGCGCCGAGGCGGAGCGUCCUCCAAACGAAACAGCGGCGAGCACAGUCGACGACUGAGCACACACAGCUUCGACAGCGACCGGAACGCCAGCGUCUCAAGCUUACCUUCUUCACGGAAUCUGGAGGCUGUGGCCGACGACGACGAGGCGGUGAUCGAGACACCAGUUGCGGCAACAGCAGCAGCAGCAGCAGCAGCAUCGUCAUCACCAACAGCUCCGGCGCAAUCAACACAGCAGCAGCAAAAACCUGACCAGAGUACUAUCCUCGCCGACAUGUCCGCUUUCCAGGCAGAGAUCGACGCGCUCAUGGCGAAAGCGGACCGCGGCCCGACCGACAACAACAGCGGCAAUGGAUGA